AUGUUUUCACUUACACAAAAAUCAAUUAAAAUCUGCACCACCAACAAAUUUUGGUCUAGAUCUUGAUUGUUUACAGGGAAAAUUAAUUAUUUUUCAACACAACCCGCAAAUAAAGAACGCCCAAGAGAAGAUCUUAAUAGAAAAGAAAAUAGGAACUAUGAUUGUGAAAUUUUUGUGGGCAAUAUCAAUAGAGCAGUCAAAGAAAAAGAUCUUUUAGAGCUUUUUCGGGCUUUUGGUAACCCAAUUUUGUCGAAAGCAUUAAAUUCUAGGUCAGGGGACAGAACAAGCUACACAUUUAUUUCUUUUGAUGAUGAAUCGCAAGCAAAAAAAUCUUUAAAGAUGAAUGGAGUUGAUUUUAUGGGCUCUCCUUUAAAAAUCACACUAUCAACAGAUAGGCCAAGAUCAGAAUCUGCAUAGAAAAUUUAGAAAAAAAUCCUUAAAAUAAAAAUCCAUAUAAAAGCCCAAAAAAUAUAAAAAAUUAAUUAAUCCGUAGAUCAGAAGAAAGCAAAACUAGGCCUGAAAACAGAGACCCAUCCAAAUGUGUUUAUGUUGGAAAUCUCAGCUAUUUAAUAAACGAAACUUUAUUGGGGGAUUUAUUUUCAAAAUUUGGUAAAGUUGAAAUGAUAAGGCUUAAUCCUGGAAGAUUUGGCCAUAAAUUCGCAUUUGUGCAGUUUUCAAAUCAAGAUGAAGCAAAAGAAGCAUUACAGCUCCAUGGCAAAGAUUUUCAAGGAAAGACACUAAAUGUCAAACCAGCAGUGGCAAAUAAACCAGAAAAUAAUACAAAAUCAGGCUAA